AUGAGUCUAGGUACGUGGGUACGUGUGACUGCCGGGUUUGUCGGCAUCGCUGUGGCGUCUGUUGCUGGUCUGCUGUAUGUGUACCAAAGUGCACUGGUUUAUCCAUCGACCUUCCCUGAGGGAUCGCGGACGCAUGUCGACACGCCCGAUUCCCUGGAUAUGCCGUACACAGAGCAUCGCUUAACGACACCUGAUCGCGUUAAGCUGCAUGUAUAUGCGAUGUCGCAUGAGGAUGACGCAUCGCGUCCUACGGUGAUCUUGUUCCAUGCGAAUGCCGGGAAUAUGGGCCAUCGUUUGCCCAUCGCAUUGCAGUUUUACAAGCGCAUGGGGUGCCAUGUCGUGAUGCUCUCGUAUCGUGGAUAUGGCCUCUCCACAGGCGAUCCUACCGAAGCAGGUCUGCGCAUUGACGCACAAACGGUUCUUGACUGGGUUCGCUCGAACGAAAAGCUUCGUUCAUCUAAGAUCCUUGUGUAUGGCCAAAGUAUUGGUGGUGCUGUUGCCAUUGAUCUGGCGGCCCGAAACCCUUCUACGGUACGUUGUACAUGUGCUUAUGCUCUAGGUCCGUACUUCCUGAGCAUUCCGCUUCUCAUUCCCUCGGUGCUCCCUGUGCUACGCCACUUUACGUUCCUCUGCCGUAUGUAUCCGAUUAUCUUACGUGCAGGUGAAAUUUGGCCGUCCAACGAAGCCAUCCAACGCAUUCCUGCUUCAACCCCCAUCCUUUUCCUGAGCGGCGCCAACGAUGAAUUGGUACCUCCGGCGCACAUGAAGAAACUCUACGAGCUCUCUGUCAGCACAGCGAAGGAAUUCCAUACAUUCAAAGAUGCAAUGCACACGAGUGAAGAAAAAGCCAUGCUGAACUCGCAAACGCAGGACCUCACGAAGCAUCCCAAGGAGGAUUUGUAG